AUGUCUCUGAGACUGCCGGACAAGUGUACAGUCUUUCAGGCAGAGGUCUCUGCGGUGGCCGCUAAGGAAAUUCUGCUACAAAAAGCCAUAAAGCUACAGCAACAACUACAACAACUUCAUUAUCAUCAGAAUAGCAGCAGCAACAACAGCAACGGCAGUGUGAUUUACGGUGCAGUAUCUAUGGUAAAGAUGGGCUCCUCAGAGGAUACAGAUUUGAAAAGGUUACUCACUUUGUGGCACUGUGAAAUACUUUACAAUUUGUUUCGCGAAGAAGACAUAACCAUUGAAGACCUGAAACACAUCAAAUACCGUCAUGUCCAUUUGCUAUUGAAAAACUUUAAAAUGGGAGUAAAAAUACGCUUCGAACACUAUUUAGAAAGUUGGAGGAAUAAAAUUGGUAUACCACUACACAACGAGGAUAUUGACACAGAUGUUAAUGCUGCAUGUAGAUGUAAAAGAAUACGAUACAAUAAUAAUUUAAUCUCAGAGACAAAUGGACAAAUCGAUAAUCCCAUGGAAUCUAGAGAAAAUGGAGAAUUUAACAGAAUGGAACCGCAAACCUCAUUACUCUCUCCUAAAUCUAACAAGGACACGGAAACCAGCAGAAUAGAAUCGUCUCCCGCAAACCCAAGAGGUCGACUGCAACGACAGUGCACUAGAAAAGCCGAAAGGCCUUUAUCUGAAACAGAAGAGAGUCAAAACCUGACAAAUUAUUUGGAGUCCAAAGAAGACCCACCCUAUACCUGCGCACAAAGCAGUACGCCAUCGUUGCGUAGUCAACACAACAAAUGUCCAUAUAGCCUAGCUCAAAUUAUCCAAAUGUCCGGAACUCGUGGUAUGGGCCUAAUGCAGUAUUACGAUGAGCACAACGAAUUUACAAAUGUUCAACGUUCUCAAUUGAUACAGCUUAUAUGUGAUUUCUACGAAAGCAAUGAAUAUCACCUGUCGUUGCAUGUUAGUCACGCCCUUGAAUUGGAGAUUCUUCAGUUAUUUCCCACCGAAGAACUUCACUAUUAUCGUACCGAGAAACGGGGUAAAAUGUAUGUGAAAUUUACCAACAUGAAACGCACUCGAAAGGAACGAAUUGCUAACAAUAUGGGAUCUCGUUUGAAUGCUCCUCCAACGAUGAAUAGGACGGAGAGUCAAAGUAAGGCACAGAGUAUGAUUAAUAAUGAGAUGUCACAAGUGGUGGAUACCACUAGUUGUGACACUUGGCCUGAGGCUGUUGAAGCGGAUAUAGUUAUUAAGCCGGAGGAAAGUAAAGAAUCCUAAAUUUGGUUUCUGGAAAUGAGAGUUAAAAACAAAUUACAUAUAUAUAUAGAAUAAAGUUCGUAAUCUUUAUUUUAAAGGAAUAAUAAACAUAUUUUAUAUAUGACGUUAAGUCCAUUGAAGUCAUUGUCACGUUAUAGGCUGGUAGAGAAUUCAUUCAUAAAUGCACAUAAGGUUCAUCUGAAUUUCUUUUUGUAAAGUCUUAAGGUCUGGUUAUGCUCUCGUAAAUGUAGUGUAAAUGUAGAACAAAUGUAUCGUAAAUGUAAAGAGGCAAUCAUGCUUAUUACAAAA